AUUAAAUAUAGUGAAUGAUUCAUCCAGGAUUUUCUAUCAUUGAUUAUCGAUAAUUAUAUGAAUGUAUCUAUGUUAUUCAAAAAUAUAAUAGAACAUCCAUUAUAUUAGAAUACUUAUGAAUUUACAAUAUCUCCUUAAAAUCACUUCACUCAAUCAUACAUUAAUUAUGAUUCUCAAUAAAAAGAGGAAUCUAAGAAGAAGAAUAAAACUAAAAACAACAAGUAAACUAUUAUUUUAUACUUCCAUUAGAUAAAAUAAGUCAAAAGAACUUUUACCAAAAACUAAAGAUUAAAUAGAAGAACCCAUUGAAUAGAAUGACUUGAAGUAAUAAUUUUAUAUUCAUUAUUCAAGUCUUUAAUAAAUCAUACCACUCUAUAAUUCAAUUAUGCAUAUAAAGUAAGGAGCUCUUCUUCCUAAAUUAUAAUCACAUUUAACUACAAAAGGACAUUAGAGUACUUCGAAAUAAAUCAAUAAAUCAACCAAAUUAACUAAAAAAUAAAAAAAAGAAAAUAUUAAUACUGGACAUUGGUCUGCUAUUGAACAUUCAACAUAUAUUAAUUUCUUAUCUUAAUAUGAAACAAUUAUGAACUCCUCUAUGAUGAAAAAGACAUCCAAAAUAUUUAAAUAAAUGAGUGAAUUAAUUGGCACUCGUACACCUAGUUAAUGUAGAAGUCAUCAUUAGAAAUUCAAUCCUUAUGCUUUAAGAGGAGAUAAUGGAAAAAGAUUACCAAGAUCAUAAAGAAGUAGAGCAGGAAGAAAAAAGAAAAUGUUAUUCAAUCAAAUUCAUCAAUCUCGUAUUAUAUUUCUUAUUUUUAUAGAUCAAUUAAUAGAUAAUGAAUUCCAGUAUUUUACGACCGAUAAAUUAAAUUACAAUAAUCCACUGAUAUUUGAUUAUUAAAUUAAUUAACAAGAAAAUUAUAUUAAAGCUGAAAAUCAAAAUUAAAUGAUUCAAACUCAUUUUGAAUAUGAUGAUUAUUUAAAACAAAGAUAAGAUUAUCUAAAUUAUUUAGAAUAUUGA